AUGGCGAUGCCGGCCACGCAGCGUGGCGAGGCUGGAGCGAGAUGCUACCGACACCAGCAGCGUGGCCGCCCUGCCGAGGGACACGCUGGCCACGGAGCCGGCACGAGGGCUCUCGUACAGCACCUGGCUGAUGGCCUGGGCCAAGGGUGGGUGUUUGGGUGCCCUCCCCGGGAGGGGGGCCAUGGGGACUCCGCUGUGACUCUCCUGCAGCCAUGCCCCACCGUGGGCUUGGUUGCUGGGCCCAUCACCUUGCCUCGCUGGGCGUACUGCGGGUCCCACGAGAGGCUCCCUGCCUCCGGGGAACUCUGCUCUGACGCGAAAGUGCUUGGAUCUGGCCGCGACCUGUGCAGGCGUGCCAGGGCCGGUGCUGCCUGCCUCUGGAGCAAGGAGCAAGUCUUGGUCCUCAGGGUAAUAGUCCAUGAUGUGAAUGAGCUGACGGAAAAGCUGUUUCCGAUCGUCGAGGCCAUGCAGAAACACUUCAGCGCUGGAUCGGGGACCUACUACAGCGACUCGAUCUUCUUCUUGUCGGUUGCAAUGCAUCGCAUCAUGCCCAAGGAAAUAACACAGAUCAUCCAGGUGGACUUGGACCUGAAGUACAAGAGCAACAUCCGAGACCUGUUUGAUGAGUUCGACAACUUCGCGGAGGGAGCAGUCAUCGGGAUUGCCAGGGAAAUGCAGCCAGUGUACAGGCACACAUUCUGGCAGUAUCGCCGCGAGAACCCCCAAACCAAAGUGGGGGAACCCCCUCCCGAUGGGCUGCCCGGCUUCAACAGUGGCGUCCUGCUCCUGAACCUGGAAGCCAUGAGGCAAUCCAAGCUUUACAACCAGCUGCUGGAGCCUGCCAUGGUGCAGAAGCUGACAGAGAAGUACCACUUCAAGGGCCACCUCGGGGACCAGGAUUUCUUCACCAUGGUGGGGAUGGAGCACCCAGAGCUCUUCCACGUGCUCGACUGCACAUGGAACCGGCAGCUUUGCACGUGGUGGAGGGACCAUGGCUACAGUGACGUGUUCGACCAGUACUUCCAGUGUGAGGGCGAGGUCAAAAUUUACCACGGGAACUGCAACACCCCGAUCCCCGAAGACUAGGGCAGCCGCCGUCCCCAGGAGCAGCGCUGACUGCAGCAAGCCCUG